AGCUCAUAAAGAAGCAGGCAAAAGCAGAAAAGGCUGAGUCCACACUGCAGGUGCAGAAAGCAGGGAACUACCUUGAGUUAUUCUAUUCAAAUCCGAGGCUCAAAGUUCCCAAAUUUCCCAAGAAGGCGUGAUAGAGGCCACAACCCAAGAACUCUGCAGUUGAUACCAUAUGUAUCCGAGGAAAACUAAUCAUCACAUGUUCUCCUUUCAUACUGUUUAAAUCAAAGGAAGAAGCAGCUUUAAGAAAAAGUUCAAACCAAAAUGACAACUGUUCAAUUUGAUUGCCAAUACUGUACAGCAUCACUUCUUGGGAAGAAGUAUGUACUGAAGGAUGACAAUCCAUACUGUGUUUCGUGUUAUGAUCAUAUCUUUUCUAACUACUGUGAGGAGUGCAAAGAACCAAUUGAAUCAGAUUCCAAGGAUCUCUGUUACAAAGACCGGCACUGGCACGAAGGAUGCUUCAAGUGCACCAAAUGCAGCCGCUCUUUGGUGGAAAAGCCCUUUGCCGCCAAGGACGAGCGCCUGCUGUGCACGGAGUGCUACUCCAACGAGUGCUCCUCCAAGUGCUUCCACUGCAAGAGGACCAUCAUGCCCGGUUCCCGCAAAAUGGAAUUUAAGGGAAACUACUGGCAUGAAACCUGCUUUGUGUGCGAGCAUUGCCGACAACCAAUAGGAACAAAGCCUUUGAUCUCCAAAGAGAAUGGCAAUUAUUGUGUGCUGUGUUUUGAGAAGGAGUUUGCUCAGUACUGCAACUUUUGUAAGAAGGUGAUAACUUCAGGUGGGAUAACAUUUCAUGACCAGCUAUGGCAUAAAGAGUGUUUUCUGUGUAGUGGCUGUAGGAAAGAGCUCUCUGCAGAAGAGUUUAUGUCCAGAGAUGAUUAUCCAUUCUGCUUGGACUGCUACCACCAUCUUUUUGCCAAAAAGUGUGCAGCCUGUUCCAAAUCUAUCACUGGUCUGAGAGGUGCCAAGUUUAUUUGCUUUCAGGACCGCCAGUGGCACAGCGAAUGCUUUAACUGUGGGAAGUGCUCAGUCUCUUUGGUUGGUGAAGGCUUCCUGACCCAGAACAAGGAAAUCUUCUGCCGCAAAUGUGGCUCCGGGGUGGACACUGACGUCUAGAAGGAGAUGGUGUUUCUCCACCUGUAAUCCACUUGGCCUUUGUUGUCACUAAAUCUAGAACCCGGUUGAAGUCGUA